GGUUAGUAUUUCAUUUGCUUAAUUAUUUCUUCAACCUCAUAGAGUGGUGGGUAGGAAGGAAGUUAUAGGCAAUAGGUAUAGGGGGCAGAAAGGGAGAAAAAAAAGAAAGAAGAAGUAAAUGGCAAGAUUUAUCAUCUGUGUUUAUUAAAAAAGUACAAACAAGCUGUUUAUUGCUAAAAUUGUACACAAAAAGUGACACCAUUUUCCUUAUCACAACAAUUACCAAAUGCUACUGUUUCCUCUCUCUCUCUCUCUCCCCCCACACACACAAAGCCAACUGGCAAAUUUGAUUCAUCCACAAAGAGAUAAAAUAACAAGGCCAAAAGAUAGAGCAAAGGACAAAUGUAGUCUAGGAUUUGAAUGUGAUUUGUUUGGUUUUUUUCUCCCUCUAACUUGUAUUUAUAUAAACAACAGCAACAUCAACAACAAUAACAUAGAGAGAAAGAAAGGGAAGGUGCCAGAGCAGCUAAUUGCACUGCAAAAUCUCACUCUCUUUCAUCAUUGUUGUAGGUUGAUUGGUCAAGGAGGGUGGAGAUGAAUAUAUCACCAUCACAAUGCAAUAGUGGUUGUGAAUCUGGGUGGACGCAUUACCUAGAUCAGUCCUAUUUCUCUCAAAGUCAGUUCCAGAGAGCUGGGGGCAUUGCUGAUUACGAGGGAGCAAAAACAGAAGUGGAGGAGGAAGAAGAAGAGGACCUGUCAAUGGUUUCUGAUGCUUCUUCUGGACCUCCCCAUUACCAUGAUUUAGAUGAAGACUGCUUGUAUGAAAAUGGAUGCUCUUUUUCUGUUUCUUGGGGUUCCAAAUUGGGAAAGAAGAGCAAGAAGAAAGGCAAAGAAAGUGGCAGAGAACAGCAUCUUGAUGACACUGCUAGCUCCCCAGUCCUCAACUACUCUAAGAAAAAGUUGAGCACUCUCUCCAAGGAUGAAUCUUCAAUGCAGAAUGUAUUGGGUUACUCUGAGGGUUUCUCUGCAACACAUAUGAAGGGGAAAUCUGCAUUGCUGCAGCAUUUUGGUUUCUUGAAGUCAUCUCUAGCCAAAAGUCCAGCUUCACAAAAACCAGGUGAUUUCCAAGAAGGAAGCUGGGAGUGAGAUAUAUAUAAUAUAUAUGCAGAUGAUAGCAUCCAACUAUUUCCGUCUGCUGCCACAGUUGGGAAGAAACUAGAAAGAGAUUGGAGGAACAAUGUAAAAGAUAAAGGCAAUUAGAUCUCCAAAGAUCUUGUUCCUUACCUUUUUUUUUUUUACUGUAUUUCUUUCCAAUCAAAUCCAUUUUAUUUCUUCUUGUCAACGCAGUGGGAAACAACCCGAGGCACAUAAAAUAUUCAUAAAUUUUCAGCCUCCGGUUUUCUUCUUGUCAAAUUGUCUUCAACAACAGUCACGUAAUAAUGUCUUCUUUACAUUCCUACAUGCCUAGAAUAAAAUAACGAAAUAGUGCCAAAAAAAAAAACACAAAAAAAACAUAAAAUUCAGAAAACCACUGACCUGUAAAGUAUUUUGCUUUUAAAAAUAAAAUAAAAUUAUGAUACUAUGUUACAUAUAAAUGGAAACGUUUGACAACCAGGAGGAUCACAGAGCUUAGGUGAAGAAGGCUGAAGGAAACAGAGUAAAGCUUAUUAUGGAAAGAAUUUGUGGUCCUCUCAAGAGCAGAGUGAUGAAGCAUUUUCCAUCUAUAAGCAGAUAACCAUUUGCACCCACCCACCCACCAUGAUUAAGCAUUCCAAGGCCAAAGCCAAAGCCAAAGAGCAAUAAAUGACCCAACUUUAUUCUUCCUCUUCUUCUUCUUCUUCUUCUUCUUGUUCAGCCUGCCAGCCUAGCUUGCAACAACUUUAGGAGGGUACUUUUGGGUUUAGGGUUAGAAAAAAGACAAUUUCUGUGAUGGAAGGAACCAAAAGGUAAGCUUCAUUUUCAACCAAAAGAGGCACCCCACCACCCUUUGAUAGCUACCCACCAAGCAUAUGAUCCAUAAAUUAUAUUGGUGCAAUUAUUCAAUUUGUUUUGGGGAUUU